AUGGGGAAAAACGACAAAAAAUCCGGCGAUAAAGGCGGCGCCAAGGGAAAGGGAGCCGAGGCCAAAGAGUCUGGAGGGAAGACCAAAGGGGCCAUGUCUAUCAACGUUCGACACAUUCUGUGCGAAAAACAUGCGAAAAAGGAAGAGGCUCUUUUGAAGCUGAGCGAAGGUGUCAAAUUUGAUGAGGUCGCCCGGACCUAUUCCGAGGACAAGGCACGGCAAGGGGGUUCUUUAGGGUGGAAGACAAAGGGGAGUCUGGAUCCUACGUUUGAGGAAGUUGCCUUUUCUUUACAACCAAGUACUACAGGCAGCCCUAUCAUUGGAGAGGCCAAGACACCGUUUGGCUAUCACAUUAUAAUGGUCGAAGGGCGCAAGUAA